CGUUCUCGUUCUCGUUCUCGUUCUCGUUCUCGUUCUCGUUCUCGUUCUCGUUCUCGUUCUCGUUCUCGUUCUCGUUCUCGUUCUCGUUCUCGUUCUCGUUCUCGUUCUCGUUCUCGUUCUCGUUCUCGUUCUCGUUCUCGUUCUCGUUCUCGUUCUCGUUCUCGUUCUCGUUCUCGUUCUCGUUCUCGUUCUCGUUCUCGUUCUCGUUCUCGUUCUCGUUCUCGUUCUCGUUCUCGUUCUCGUUCUCGUUCUCGUUCUCGUUCUCGUUCUCGUUCUCGUUCUCGUUCUCGUUCUCGUUCUCGUUCUCGUUCUCGUUCUCGUUCUCGUUCUCGUUCUCGUUCUCGUUCUCGUUCUCGUUCUCGUUCUCGUUCUCGUUCUCGUUCUCGUUCUCGUUCUCGUUCUCGUUCUCGUUCUCGUUCUCGUUCUCGUUCUCGUUCUCGUUCUCGUUCUCGUUCUCGUUCUCGUUCUCGUUCUCGUUCUCGUUCUCGUUCUCGUUCUCGUUCUCGUUCUCGUUCUCGUUCUCGUUCUCGUUCUCGUUCUCGUUCUCGUUCUCGUUCUCGUUCUCGUUCUCGUUCUCGUUCUCGUUCUCGUUCUCGUUCUCGUUCUCGUUCUCGUUCUCGUUCUCGUUCUCGUUCUCGUUCUCGUUCUCGUUCUCGUUCUCGUUCUCGUUCUCGUUCUCGUUCUCGUUCUCGUUCUCGUUCUCGUUCUCGUUCUCGUUCUCGUUCUCGUUCUCGUUCUCGUUCUCGUUCUCGUUCUCGUUCUCGUUCUCGUUCUCGUUCUCGUUCUCGUUCUCGUUCUCGUUCUCGUUCUCGUUCUCGUUCUCGUUCUCGUUCUCGUUCUCGUUCUCGUUCUCGUUCUCGUUCUCGUUCUCGUUCUCGUUCUCGUUCUCGUUCUCGUUCUCGUUCUCGUUCUCGUUCUCGUUCUCGUUCUCGUUCUCGUUCUCGUUCUCGUUCUCGUUCUCGUUCUCGUUCUCGUUCUCGUUCUCGUUCUCAUUCUCGUUCUCGUUCUCGUUCUCGUUCUCGUUCUCGUUCUCAUUCUCGUUCUCGUUCUCGUUCUCGUUCUCGUUCGCGUUCUCGUUCUCGUUCCCAUUUCAAAUAG